AUGAAAUCCGGAAAAGGUCAUCAAGAAGAGGAAGAUGAGGAGGAGGAUGAAUUUGCUGCAAAGAAAGAUACUCCGCCGUCUAAUAAUAAUUCCAAAGGAGUUGAUGGGAAGAACAAUGACAAGGCAAAUGCAAUGAGGUCAAAGCAUUCAGUGACGGAGCAACGGAGAAGAAGCAAGAUCAAUGAGAGAUUUCAAAUUUUGAGGGAGUUGAUACCACAUAGUGAUCAGAAGCGUGACACUGCUUCAUUCUUGUUGGAGGUCAUCCAGUAUGUGCAAUAUCUACAGGAAAAAGUUCAAAAGUAUGAAGGUUCAUAUCAAACUUGGAGCUCAGAGCCCACGAAGCUGAUGCCAUGGCGGAAUAGCCACUGGCGCACCCAGAGUUUUGUCACCCCACAAGCGAUGAAAAAUGGGUCUGCUUCAGUUCCGGUUUUUCCUGGAAGGUUUGAUGACAAUACCAUUGAUGUUGCUUCAAAUGCACAACCAAGUGUACAAAAUCCAAUUGACUCUGAUAAUAGCAAAGAUGUUUCGUCUAAGCAAAUUGAUCAGCAAACUGAUUUGGCAAGUCAGUCUAUGCAAAUGCAAAUGGCAUUUCCAGGAAGCAGCUCAGUUCCAGUCCAGAGUGGUGUUGCCUUUUCCGAUUGCCAACCUAGGGCAGUUCCUGUUGCAGAGUCUUCUGGAUGUCCCAUCAGUGAUGAUAACAUGGAUCACCAGGAUGAUGUAACAAUUGAGGGGGGCACAAUUAGCAUAUCAAGCAUGUAUUCCCAAAGGUUACUGAAUACAUUGACUCAAGCAUUACAGAGUUCUGGAGUAGAUCUUUCGCAGGCCACCAUUUCAGUUCAGAUCAAUUUAGGAAAAAGAGCAAAUAGAGGAGUGGCUUCUGGAGUAUCCAUUGGUAAAGAUCACGAGAAUUCAAUGCAUUUGGGUACUCCCCCAGUGGGGAAUUGUGGGGAUACAAGCAACGGUGGAGACUUAAACCAAGCUCAGAAAAGGAUGAGAUUUUGA